AAUCCGCGAAACGGGACAUGCGAUAAGGUGCAAACAGACACACGGACAUUCCAUCGCCGUCAGCAUGCAGUGCAAUGCCAAAAGUGAAGUUCAAAUUGAGGAUUCGAGGGUGUAAGUUUCACAACGAAAAAAAAAGUGGCACAACCAGUGAUUUGUUGGGCCCGGCCGAGAUCAUACGCGCGAUGCAGCCGUCGUACCGGGCCGGGCCGUAGGAGAUCAUACACGGGCUUUUCUGCCUUCCGAGCCCGGAAGGGAAAGCUGACCCAGGGUUACCGGGCCGGAUUUCUCGAAGAGAAUGAAGGGAGAGCGGCGGGGCCGGGCGAGGGGGAGGCGAAAUGGCGAGCUCGUCAUCCGAGGCGGCGCCGCCCGUCGCCGCCGGCGAGGAUCCAGCGGCGGCCGCGAAGGGAGAAGAGAGGACAAAGAAGGAGAAGACGAGGGUGGUCUUGCCGCAGUUCCACCUGGACACGCUCAUGAGGGCCGAGGAAUUCCUGGAGCCUCUGCCGCCGCCGGACGAGGAGUUUCUUGCGCGGGUCCGGGAGCAGCGGGGACAGAAGGGCUUCGUCGAGAUAGAACUCACCGACGACGACGACGACGAGGAGGAGGAGGGAGGAAACGCAGCUCCCCCGGCUAGUGGAAGGGGAUCUGUGGAGGAGGACAGGUCCAGCCCCGAGGUCACCAAGAAACCGGGCGGCGGCACUGCGAUCAAGAAGCUCAGCUGAACAGCUGAUUCGUCGGUUGAUUGGUGACUGAUCAUUAAUCCGGCCUCCUGUCCUGCUGCUUAAUUCUGAAACUGCUGUAGGAUAUGUCAUGGGGCUUUCGACAUCUUCAUGGAAGAAUGGAUCAAGAAUAGACACAGGACUGGGUUGCUCUUGCUUUUCAUGGUUUUCCUCUUGUGAUGUUGGUCCAAAUGACGCGCUUCGUCUGGGAGUUUCUGGCUCUUGGUGCUCUAGCAUCUCGACAACAUUCUCAGGGGAACCUGGACAAAUCUCAGCAUGCUCUUUACCUGGUUCUGCUGCUUCUGUCGUUUCCUUCAAUGCAGACAUUCGAAAUUUUCAUUAAACUAGCACAUCAACGGAAACUAGAUGAAAU